AUGCUUCAAGAAGGCUUUCGAAUUCUGAGGAGGAGCCUCGUCUUUGAUCAUGCAUUGACCAAGUACAUAACAAAAUGUAGCAUCACUACGACUUCAGCAAAAUGGGUGAAGAAGAUGCCGGACAGGCCUAAGCCGCCCCCAGAAGAUGAGUUCACAGAGGUAUUCUUACACGGCAGUGGGCCUGGUGGUCAGAAAAUCAACAAAACCUCCUCAGCCGUGCAAUUGAAGCAUCUCCCUACCGGCCUGGUCCUCAAAGUCCAAGAGCACCGUUCACGUACCCAGAAUAGGAAGCUUGCCAGGCAGAUGCUUGCUGAUAGAUUGGAUGUGAUGGAAAGGGGAUCCGAGAGUAGAGUUGCUGUUAAGGGGGAAGUGAAGAGGAAGAAGAAGAGCAGUGCUACGAAGAAGAGUAAAAGGAAAUACCGACGGUUGGAAGAGGAGAAAUCCGGAGAAUUGGAAGGACCAGAGGACGAUGAUCUGGUAGAGGAGGACACUCCAGAAGCUGCGAAAGGGUCAGAGGGGCGGCAAUAA